AUGGCUGACCAUACAGAACAUGUCGCGACGGUGCGACUUGGAAAAGCCAUCGCUCGAGAAAUACUCAGCUUAGAUAAGGCCAUAAAAGAUGGUGAUGGAAACGCAGAAGCCGUGCACAAGGAGAACAUCGCUGGUCUGUACGUCGCACUGAAAGGUUGCAAUGUCGGUCACAACGCGCCAAAAGUCAAGCAGACGCUUGAACAAGUCAUUAAGCUGUUCCGCGAACCUGUGGCAAGAGACCCGAAGGCUCAGAAGAAGCAACAGUCGAAGAUGAUCGGCACCCUUACUCGUAUGGAACCAUUCCUCAAUGCUGCUGUGGGAGCAAAAGUCGUUGGUGGCGCGGUUUUGGGCGUGGGCGCCGGGGCGUGCAUCGCUGCCCUCAGUAUGUUCGCAGCAGAUCACCCUAUACCCUUUAUCGGUGGAUCUGUGAGGAACUUGAACGCGCUCGAUAUCAAGAGUGUAGACGGAAACAAUACGACUCACCUGAUAGAUACAGACAAUGAUGGCUUGCUGGACUGCCAGUACACAACGAACGAUCAGAUGGGAUGGGUUACUGAAGGGUGUCAUCCAAUAACACCAAUAAAUGGCGUGGAGGACGUCGUGUCAGACAUUUUCCACGGAAUUACUGCUUUCCUCAGCAACCUUUAG